AUGAGGAAGAAAAUGAAGAAUCUUGCUACAGGCACAGGAUUUUAUAAGCCAGAAGCAGAAGGAUUCAAGCGCCAAGGAUUCAUAGACACAGUCUACAGCAGUAAAUUUUGUACGCUUUUACUGACUACUCGCUGGAAAUAUGGUAAAGAUGUGGCCUUUUAUACAAAGAUAAAGUACACAGAAAUGAUAUCCAGAGAAAAUAUGUGGAUGCUUGCUUGGCUAAAACAAGAUUACCAGGUGCUCAUCACUGCAAUGCCAUAUUACAUUACAGAUGUUAAUUUAAAAUCCCUGGAAGAUGACCAUCUUUGUCUUGUCCACACUGGCAAUGUAGGUCAAACCAUUCCACAUUCCUCUGGAAGACACUACCCAUACUCUGCACAUCAUUCUCAGCAUCAGACGGACAUCAUCACAGAGCUGCAGACUGUAAAAGCGUACGGCAAGGAGAUCAAAAGAGGGCUUUGGCCGUCACAACUUCAUACUUUCCAGAGGACGUUUCAUCCAGACAAUGGAGUAAACAGUCUGGCACAAAGGGUUUCUGCAGCCAGACUGCGCGUCCUCCCAAGGCAGGCGCUCCUUCCUCCAUCUGCGGAGGAUGGAACUCAGCGGCACGGGAAGAUCUGCAACCCAAAAGCAGUCUCUAGCUCAGGGGACCCACCUGUGUGUCGCCGGGAGGUAACGCCAACGGCCCGCUCAGAAACAGCCCAGGUCCCGCGCACCCUGCUGGAGAUCCGCCAUGAGGGAACCCCGCAGCGGCUGCGGAAGAUGCAAAAGGAGAAGGUAAACCUGCAAAAUGAGCUGACCGGCUUCGAAGAGCAGAUGGAAGCAAUGACGUCGCAUUUGAAAAACGUGAGGCAGGAGUUCAGCUUCAUGCAGUCUCUUCACAAAGCCAGAGAGAAUGAAAUUGAAACUGAACAACACUUUAAGGCCCUGGCUGAGAGAGAAUGUGGACGUCUCAAAAGUGAGAUUAAACGACUGGAAGAUGAAACAGUUUCCUUGAGAGAAAAGAAAAACAGUCAAGAAAAUACUAUAAGUAAAACCACGAAGAAGUUAGAAAAAUUAAAACAACAGAUGAACUGUGAUGAGGAAGUUCUGGAGAGCUGGAUAAAGGAAUCAAAUCGUAAAGAUAAUGAUGCUAUCACAAUCCAGAAGUACGCGCAACAAGAUGAAGGGAAACUAGGAGCAUUAACCCUUCAAGUAGAAAAGUUGACCAUGCAAGCAAAUCAGAAGCGCAAAUCUCUUGAUAAUGAACUUACAGAAACCAUAACAGCUCAGAUAGAGCUUGACAAGACAGCUGAAGAUUUUCGCAGAGUUCAUCAGGAAAGGCAAGAAGUCAUCAGGCAGUGGGAGAAUGCUAUACAACAGAUGCAGAAAAGAGAUCAACAGAUUGAUCAUUGUGCUUUGCUAAUAACAGAGAUAAAACAGGAGAUCAGAAAGAAGGAAAUUGUGCUGAAGGAUAAGACUUCCUUUUUGGUAAAUGAAACUCUUAAUAAUAUGGAAUAUGAAAAGAAAAUUUCUUCUGCUGAACGGGAAGCUGCCAGCCUCCGAAAUGAGUAUCAAACUCAGGAUACUUACAGGGUUCAGCUGCAGGAUGAGCUGGAUGCUUUGAAAUCCACUGUGGACAGAACUGCUGCUGACCUAGAAUCUUUGAGAACACAAGUAACCAAUACGAAGAAAGACAUUCAGAAAAAAAAAGCCAGAUUAAGCUUUCUUAAAGAAAAAAAUGCAAAUCUUUCCAAUAAGCUGAAGCUUGUGACUGAGGAGACACUCAGUUCAGAAGACAAAGCUUUCAGGAUGGAGGAAAUAUUAAAAGAAGAGGAAAAAAUUGUCAAGAAAAAAGAAACAGAAGUGAACCAGUUAAAAGAACUACUUUUCAAGAAGACUCAAGAGUUAAAGGUGCAGAAGGAUAAAGAGAAGUGUGUUUUAGCGGAAAUUGAGGGAUGUCGAACAUCACUUAAAAAUCUUAAGUCUCGUCUGCGCACCCUCGAUGCAGAUGCAAUAAAACAACAAGAAUUAAUAUAUAACCAGGAUUUUUAUAUUCAGCAAGUACAGAGACGGCUGUCACGGUUAGAAGGGGAGGUUAAUGCAGAUGAAAAACAAGUUUUAGAAGCAAGAGUUGCUGAACUUAAGAAAACCUUGGAAGAAAAGAAAAAUGCAUAUGAUCUUUUACAUGCACAGCACAAGAAACUUCAGAGUGAUGUCCACUUCAUCAAGAGAGCAAUGGAUAAGACAGGAGAAGAAACAAGUGCUAUGAUGAUCAAGAUAAAUGAACUAAAGCUUGUCAAUGAGAGAUCAGACCAGGAGUUAAAAAAAGCCAAAGCCAUUAAGCAGGAGAUGAUGGUCAAAGAUAAUUUCUUAAAACUAGAAUUGAACCGUCUUCAAGAUACUCUGUGCAAUAAGACAGAGAAAGUUCUAACACUGGAAAAACAAAAAUUGGAGUUAAAGAAAGCCAUAGCAGAAAGAACUGAGGAAAUUAAGGUUCAUAAGGCAAUGCUAGAUUCCCAGAUAAGACUUGUGGAUCAGGAACGGCAACGCAUAAGUGCUGAAUUGCAAGACCGCCUAAAUAAAAUUGAUAAACUGAGAUGCAGAUAUGAAAUUCUUACUGUUGCCAUGAUGCCACCUGAAGGAGAAGAGGAGAAAACUCAGACCUACUAUGUAAUUAAGGCUGCGCAAGAAAAGGAAGCACUUCAACGUGAACGUGAUGAUUUAGAUGCAAAGAUCUGCAAAGCUGAAAAAGAAACUGUAGCUCUGGAAAACACUUUGUGCAUACUUAACAACUGCAACAGCAAUUACCGAAACUCUUUCAAGGAAGUCACCGAGACAAGUGAGGAGUAUGAGGAAAAACUGAAACUAGAGGAGGAAAAAAGGGCUGCUGAUGAAAAAUACAGACACAAACAAAGACAGAUCAAGGAACUUCAGGAAGAUCUCCAGAACAUGGAAAAAAAUUUGGAUACAGUACUGAAGCAGAAGGCCCUCCUCCAAGAGCAGAACAAGGAAAAACAAGCUCUUACUUUGCAGCUGAACAAAAACAUAGACGAACAGAAGCCAAAACUAGAAAGGGUUAUAAAACAGUGUUCCAGACUAUCCAGAGAAAUUCAGUCUCUGAAGAAAACUAAAACAAAAACACAGGAAGAAAGAGACAUUGAUCUUUGUGAAUUGAAAAGCUUCAACAGAACCAUCGACAAAUGGUUAGCUGAUAUUCUAGAAGCAAAUGCUGAUUUAAUUACACCCUUUCAAAAGUACUUUCAUCAGUACAAUUUAGAGCUUCCUACAAUUGCUUCUGCUGCUGGUAGCCAAAGUUCUCGAUCACCAUCCACACAAAGCUCACUAGCCUCUACCAGAUCCUCUAGAAGCACAAGCUCAGGCUCUAGUCAGACUUCGGCGCUCAAAGUCAUAGAUCUGAGCUUGCCUAUCAACACUCCUGCAGAAGCAGCUGCUGGGAGUUCACAGCCAUCCAGCAGAGCUAGCACCUCUAAUAUUGGUAAAGGCAAAAAAAAGUCUUAA